GUUUCCGCCGGCUGCGGGCGGGCGGCUCCGCGCGCUCGGAGCGGGAGGCAGGGCUGCGGCUGGAGCCGGGGCUGGACCCGGGACUGGAGCCGGGGCUGGAGCCGGGACUGGAGCCGGGCCGGGGCGGCGGCCGCGACUCGCGGCCCAUGGACGCCCCGCUGCAGCAGGAGGCGCCGCGCCGCGACACCGACGCUCCGCCGAACCCGUCCCCGCUGCCGCCGCCGCUUCCCCCGGCGCCGGGGAAGCAGCGGGAGGAGAAGAGAUCGGCGCUGAGCAAAGUGGUCAUUCGAAGGCUUCCUCCUUGUCUAACCAAAGAGCAACUGGAGGAACAGCUGCAUCCUCUACCUGCCCAUGAUUAUUUUGAGUUUUGCACUGCUGAUCCCAGCCUUUAUCCUCAUCUCUACUCAAGAGCAUACAUUAACUUUAGAAAUCCUGAGGACAUCCUUCUUUUUAGAGAUCGCUUUGAUGGCUAUGUCUUCAUUGAUAAUAAAGGUUUGGAAUAUCCUGCAGUGGUUGAGUUUGCUCCAUUCCAGAAGAUUUCAAAAAAGAAGCUGAAGAAGAAAGAUGCAAAGGCUGGGAGCAUUGAAGAUGAUCCAGAAUAUAGGAAAUUUUUAGAGAAUUAUUGUGCUGAUGAAGACAAGAUCUGUGCCAAUCCUGAGAUUCUUUUGGGAGAGAUUGAGGCCAAAACAAGGGAACUCAUUGCUAGAAGAACAACACCCCUUUUGGAAUAUAUUAAAAAUAGAAAAUUAGAAAAGCAGAGAAUACGAGAAGAGAAAAGAGAAGAACGAAGGCGGAGAGAAUUGGAGAAGAAACGUUUGCGGGAGGAAGAGAAAAGGAAGCGCAGAGAAGAGGAAAGACGUAAAAGAAAAGAAGUGGAGAAGCAAAAGAAGAUUUCUGAAAAAGAAAUAAGGAUUAAGCUUCUCAAGAAGCCUGAAAAAGGAGAUGAACUGGCCAGUGAAAAGCACAAAGAAAAAGGUGAAGAAGCUGACAUUGAGGAAAACAAAUGGGAUAAAUCACCUGGAUCUGGGAGUAUAAAAUCCAAAUCUUUGGAGAGUUCCCUAAAGGAACUUAAGGAAAAGUCACAAAAUGAUAGUGACAAAGAGCAAAGAGAUUUGGAGCGAAGAUUUCGAGAAAAAGAACCUGAAAGACAAAGGAUCGUCCAGCCAUGCAGUUGUACCAGCCAGGAGCUCGCAUCCGAACACAUAUGGGACCUACAAGUAAAACCUAUGACUGCAGUGGGAAAUCCUUUGAAGAUGCUCUUGAUAAAAAAUAUGAGGCAGAUACUUCAGCUGGAGCUAGUUCUGAAAAGACUGAAGAAGCAGAAUAAAACAGUCUGGGGGGAAAGUCUUGUGAAAAGGAAUGAUUUUAAGAUUCAACGUCAUCACAAAAAUCCAUUGGCAGAAUUCCACAGGCAAUUGCAUCAACAAAAUAAUAAUAGCUCUGCCUCUUACUUUCUGUAAAAUAAAGAGAAGAGUGACUGGAGAUAUGUAAAAUACCAUACAGCAAAGGAAUAUUGUUGCUUUUUUACAAAAAGCUCAAGCACUCUUUGCCUAAUUUAAAAGCAGUUCAAAUAUUUUAUUAGAUUAUCUUGAAAUAGAAGAUCCUCUAACAGUUUUAAGGGAAUAUUUAUAUAAGACUUUAGAGAAGCGAGGUCAGCUUCUUGAGUCUAAAGAAAUUAAAUGUAAAUUUGCAUCAGUUUGAAAUCUGAAGCAUUUUACAUGUAUUUGGUGCAUGACAUGAGGGUCAUGCAUGAGGGUCCGCAGGGCCCCUUCCUGCAAAUGGCAGGGGUGGGGCUGCUGCAGGGUGUUGCAGACCAUUCAGUGGGACCAGCCCCAGGACAAAGCUCUGGAGCCAGUGGUGUUUGCAGGUUGAGGCCCACAGUUUGCACAGUUGUGAGGAAUGUCCAGUGGUAUCUGUACCUCCUGGUGUUUACCUUGGUUUUCAAUUAACUGUAGUGUCAGAUAAGUGUUAGUAAAGCUACAAGUAUGUUGUUGGAGAAUUUGUCAUUUUCUGAGCCACUUUUGCCUUUUAAGUUUUAAUAUAUUCCUUGUGCUUAAAACAGAAGACAGCUAAUGCAAACAUCAGCACAUUAACAAUAAAUCUGGUUUUAAUUAAUUAGCUGUUUUUUAUCGUUCUGACACUGACUUUUGGACAAAAAUGUGGUAGAACAGUGGUGACUUUUUAUAUGCUAAUGUUUCAUGUAAGUUGCAGUAACAGGAUUUAGAAAAUGUAAAAUACAUGAGCAUUCUUCAGUUUUGUUUGUUAAAAAAUUAAACACACUUGAAUGUCACUUGCAAACUACCAUUUUGUAAGAUCCAGGCCAAAUUCUGUCCUCUAAGGCAGGCACAUAUACAUGUGUGUGGGGUGUGUGGGUGUUUGUGUGUCUUCUGUUGGUUUCAAUGAUAGAUGUGUGUUUAUGAAAGGGCAGGAUAUGUUCAUUUAUCUUUCAUGGCUGAAAAUUUCUCAGUUAUCUAAAACCGAGACCUGCUUUGUUGUUGAAGUUAAAUAGUAAGAUAUUAUUUUUACAUCCUCUCUGAACAUUUUAUUAUUAAGCAUAACAUCUAAUUGUCCUAGACUGAAAACGAUUUAUUGUAUUUUACCAGAUAUUAAGCAUUAAAUAAAAUAAAAGCAAAAAAGAUUUUGACUAUGA